AAAAAAAAAAGUUGAAAACAUUAAAAACAAGCCAGGGGAAGAGAGGACUUACCUUCUCGCGGGUGCGACGGACGGCGGUAUUUUUAAUUCCCUUUUCCGUUUCUCGUUUCUAUAGCGCGCGCGCUGCUGCUCUCUCGUUACGCCGUGUCUUGCCGGUCUGUCCCGUAUCCGUCUCCGAUUCCGACGUCGUCGGCCUCUCCGUUCUGGGUCUUCCUCAACACACACUGAACCGAACGACGACUGCCUGCGAGCUACUUACGUACCUGCUGGCCGGUGCGGUUGUUUAAACAUUUUCGUUUGUGUGUCACAAGUGUUCUUUUAUAAGCCCUAAGGUUCAAAUAAUGGCUGAUCAAAGGUUCUGUUUGCGGUGGAACAACCACCAGCCUAACCUGGUGAACGUCAUGACGGGCCUGUUGAACAGUGAGAUGUUCGUGGACGCCACUAUCGCCGCCGAGGGCCGGAAAAUACAAGUGCACAAAGUCGUGUUGUCUGCGUGCAGCAGUUAUUUUCAAAUGCUUUUCAACGAAACACCUUGUCAACAUCCAAUAAUCAUAAUCAAAGACAUGUCAUAUAAUCAUUUGAAAACAUUAAUAGAGUUUAUGUACUAUGGUGAAGUUAACAUCUCUCAAGAUCAACUCCCAAUUAUUUUAAAAGCAGCGGAAAGCUUACAAAUAAAAGGGUUGACAGAGAAAACUAUGUUUCCCUUUGCUACAACACGACAUGCAGAAACUGAAUAUAGUUUGUUGUCACCCUCGGCAAAACGAAAAAAAAUGCAUCUCAUGAAAACAUCCAGUGAUAAAUCUGAACACAAUAGUUCUAUUGAAGAUAUUUCAGUAACUGAACAAGAUAAUAUGUCAACUAGAUCUCAACCUACAUCACAAGGACAAGAAACAUCAAAACCUAUUAGUGUAAGCAAACAAUCAUCCACAGAUAACCAUACCACAAUUGUUCAUCACAAACCUGAGGUUACUAAACGAAUUAAGACUCUAGUACGUCAACCUCAUAUAAAAAUCAAUGAUAGUGAAAUGAGUACAGAUACUUCAAUAGUUAAAAACGAAAUAAGUGAUGAAUCUGAACCAGUGAUCCGGGUACUUGAGAGGCAGUGUUCAGAGCCUAACCCAUCAUCGACCAACUCAUUAGCUGUUCCUAAACCAACCAUAGUCAAACAAAUAUCUCAGCCAUCUGAACCCAGUUCAACAGCUAGAGGCUUCUACAAUGACGAACUGCCCACUAGUGUAUCACAGAUAAACACAAAUGAUUCUUAUAACGGAUCAACACGAUCUGAUCAUUGUCCAUUGUUACGUUCUGGACCAGCACUUGGAUGCAGUUUCUGUUGGAACACAAUAGACACCCGUGGAAGGUUUUUAAGACGUAAAACUAAAUAUCACUGCCCUGAAUGCAAUAUAAACCUUUGUUUGGUUCCUUGUUUUCAGGAGUUUCAUGAAAAACAAAUUCAGACAAAAUCCACUGAUAUUCCUACAAUAGAUCAUCCUCGGAAUCAAAAGGUGACAGAAGACGCAGCAGUAUAAUCAUCACCCGUGAUAUCAAUUUAUUAUAACUCAAAAUAUUUAACAAAACGUUACCAUUUGCUACUACUUAAGAAAUUGUUCUAAUUUUAUUUUAGUCUAGAACAAAAUGAUACAUAAU